AUGGUUCACCAAACCCGUACACCCAGCAAGGCCAUCCCAGCCAAACACCUGAGUCCCAUGAGGACCGUGGAGGGUCUGGGCGGAAAGUACGCCGUAUCGAGCAGUCCGGCGGAUAGUUUCCUGCGGAAUACGAGGCUCACGGUUCAGAGCAGCUCCCAGCAGUCGGCGGCCUUCAAAUACAACCAGAUGGUCACCAACAAUCGGGAGCAGUUCAAUAACCUGCACUUCUGCUAGGGAACGGAUGGGGAUUCGAUUCCCAUCGCCACUGGAGAGACCGCACUGGAGGAGAAAAUAACACCAUGAUUGCGAUUAUUUGUCGCCAUACAUAAAUGCAAUAAAUUCAUUUGUAAAAGUUCCGCAAA